AAUGAAAGAACAAUAGGAAAGCAGGCUCCUUGCAAGAUGUUGAAGCAUGUUUCCUCUUCUAACUAUAUCAUGGGAAACAAAAAGUGCUCAAUUAAUGAGCUCAAUGAGAAGCAAUCUGCUGACUGGGCCUUAGUGUUUUCCCUCAGUUGCAUUUGGGAAGUGGCUGAGGUAGGAGAGAAAGAAGAGGAAGGGAGCAGGCUGAAUUCCCUCAUUUGUUGGAAAAGCCUUACUCCAAAAAUAUUGAUAAAGCCCUAUAUUUGGGUGAGCAUGGUCUUUCCUAUGUCUUGAAGCUGACAGAGGUCUUGAGAAAAAUAGCAUGUAAUUAUCACAAUUCAGAUUAUUACUGGUAAUGGUGAUGGUAUAAAAUUGCGUGUCUAAAUUAAACCACGUCAUUCCCACUGGCAGUAUUUUAUACAUGGAGGUCCCUAGCCUUCUCAUGAGGAUGGUAUCCAAAUGACUGCUGGCACUUCAUAGACCUUGGCCAAAACAGAUGGGAAAGAAAGAAAGGGGACAACAAUCAUGUGGCUUAUCUUGUUUGUUGGUUGAUAGUUUUCUUUAACAAGAAACUUCACAGAUUUCUAGUAGGGCCUGUUCUGGCAUCCAGUAAAAUGACAGUGAGCUGACGUGGUUUCUCUUCACUAGAAAAAUAAGGUUUGAAAUGAAAUACUAGAGGGGUAGAGUGGACCAGAAACAGACAUCAGGUGAGCAUUUGUCAUCAGCUGCUGCUGGGUUUGAAGAUUCUUCAUACUCAGCAGACAACAUAUCCAAGUUGUUUAGUUUGGAAAACUUGUGAGAAAUAUUGGAAAUUCUUUGUCCACUUUUAACAAUAUGAGAGAAUAAAUUGGAAAAUUACAAAACAGGGCAAGGGGGAAAAGCUUCAGAAGUCCUGUAGAUCACCUGUUUUGAAUUCAGAGACUACAGAUAAUGGAAGUCAAUCUAGGAAGAAGAGAAAGUUUCUAUAAAAAAUGGAUUUCAACCAUCAUUUAAAAUACACAUUUUCUGCUUCCUAUAUAGUGCAUGAGAAAAGAAAGAGAUUCAGUAAAAAAAAGAAACCCAAGACAUUUAGAAUAAAAUAAUCUCACUCUGAAUUGGGGAAUGAACAUUCAUCAUUCAAUUCAAUUUUGAAAAGACAAAGAAAGUUAUCAGACUAAAUUAACAGGAGCUGACAGCACUGUAGAUGACUCAUUGCAAUUCAAGAAUUUUAUAACAGUGUAGAGGAAAACAUAGAGAGCAGAUGGCGCAAAGAAUCCUCAGUACAAAACUGAGAUCAACACUGAGAUCAAGAGCCAGAAACCAUCAUUCAGCCUACUACCAGUGUCAAGAAAAUGCUGCCAUUAAAGUGAUUAAAAGUCAUGCUGGGUUUCAAGCUUUUUUUUUUUCCUCAAAUGGUUUCAGUGGCUAACCAAAUUAGAGCUCUCCUGCAGUUACUGGAUUUGAAGAAACUAAUUAAAAGAACUUCCCAUUGAUUCAUCAUAGGAACAUUUCAGCAGUCUUAAUAUAUGAGCAAAUAGGAUUUCCCCAUCUUACAAAUUUCGAGUUAAAGAGAGCUCUAACAACGAAUGGAUAACAUCUUUAGGCUCUAAAUAAUUUCUGUUCUGCUGAACAAAUGUUAUAAGAAGUUGAAAUUAUUCCAGUGAAAAUAUUAAUUUUAAAAUGACAGUCACUGAAAAAAAAUAGAAAUACAUUUAGCUCCAACUUUUUAUUAGUUAGUCUUAUUUGUCUAAUUUCUGACUCUGAUCCAUUUCUUUUUCUAAGUAAUUAUUUCAUCUUUUCAACAGGUAAAUUCUGUAUGACAAAUAGUAGUAUCCUUCUGAAUGUAUAAGAAAUGGUUAAUGGUUACUCUUUAGGUUUUUGGCUUUGUUUUAUUGUAUUGUUUGUGGUGUGUAGGCUUUGUUGUUGUUGUUGUUUAUUAGAAAAAGUCACAAAUACACAGUAGCCAGAGCCUUACACACGCACACCUUCACAUUUUGAUUUAUAGGAUGCAGUGCUGGCACUGUGGUACAGGUAUGAUGUGAGCUUGGGACCUUCAGUUUCAAGUACAGGUCAAGCACAGCUGUUUUACAAGUGGGCUGAAGUAAUUAUCUUCCGUUAUUUUGCUCCUGAGUUGUUUCUCAGGGAGAAGACAUUGGCUGCCUGCUCGAAUGGAAGAGUUACUGCAGUGAACUCAGACAGAAUAUACACUUAAAUUGUUGUAGAAAUUUGGAAAGCAGAACCCAAAGAAAAAUGCACCACAUGUGGUGCAUAUGAAAAGCUUACCAACGUUAGGUCAUAAUUUGAAGAAAUGUAAUACCAGAAAUCUAUAUUUUAAAAAGCCUAGAAGGAUCAAGUGUUUUCUGCAGUCGUACUCAAACAUUUUGCAAGGGUAUGGCUAUUGGAUUAAUAAACACACGCUGCAGAGAGGUGAAGCCAUGGUGUGCUAGUGAGGGUGGCUCAGCUGAAGUCCCUCAGGCAUGAACAGGCACUCAGGGUGGAUCAGACUAAUCUGCAGAGCUCCCUUAGCCUCCACCUGUAAAUCAUGCCACUGAAUAACUCAAGACUACAAAUAGUAAACAAAUAUAUAUGAGCAAUUGUCUUCAUAGGCUCUUGAUUAGUGUUUCAUGAAUACAAAUCCAUUUUUGCUGCCUUUUUGUUUUCCUUUCAACAACUCUGUCUUUGUUCCCAACUUGGAGUAGCUGAUUUUACCCCAGAGCAAUAUUACUAGAACUCUGCUUCACCCUCAAUUUUCAAGAAUAAAAAUUUCAGUUUAACUGAGGGACUAGUCAUACAUACCCAUAGUUUGUCCCAGAACUUCUGAAUGUGUUUUAUUCAUUUAUUUGUCUAUUUUGCUAUAUUCAGUUAUAUGAUGCUGUUUGAGGUCCUCCUGAAAAGUAAACUAAUUCUUUAUUCAGCAAGACAGGAUUCUUUUUUUCUCUCUUUCCCUUGCAUCAGACCUGUGGUUAAAAUGGUGUAAGUAUGGGUGGGGGAAGGUUUCCUGUGUAAGCUCUGUUUUGUCCACUUCAUAUCACUUUUGGUAGUUUUUUCUUCUUUUGGUUGUUUUCUGUUGGGCUGUUAGCUUUUUAUCCCAUCAUAGAGACUGGGCUGUUGUACCACAGAAGAGUUAUCCACAGGAAGGACUGUAAGUGGGUAAAGGUUUAUUUUCUGUCUCUCUGCCACAGAGAAACUGAGAUUGUUAUACGUGUGUCUGUGCAUAGAGCUUCCCUUCUUUCAAAGGAAAACAAGCUGCUCUAUUUUCUUUAGUGUUUGUUUCUAGAGUUUAUUUAUUGAUUUCAUUUCUUAAACUUUCUGAAAUAUUUACAGGGAAGUAAACAGAGGUGAGGAAUUUUGUGACUAGAAGCAGAUUCCUAUUUCAUUUUACUAGGGAGACUCCUUUAUUCAAAAGAUAAAAACCGAAGCCAUAAAAGUAUGUUAUUUUUAGAGACAGCUCCUUAGGAACUUAGAAGAGGUUGAGUAUGAUUCAUAAUAAAGAGGAAUGGGGGAGGGUGUGUAAUGAAGUGGUAUAUGUUACUGCAGUGACAAAUAGGGAAAGGUGUAAACCGCUAAAAGAACCAUAUAUAUAUAUGGGGCAGUCUCAGGAAGCUGGUAGGACUCCGAUGUGCUGUUCAAUAACUUAUUUGUUCAGCUUUCUCCAUUGUCUUCAAGACUGUUGAAAGAUGUGACAGGUUUUGUUGUUACAUUUAAGAAAAAUUCAUGUCAAUACUUGUAAAGCAGCUCUAGUAUCUGGAGAGUAUUAGACUUCUUUUGCCUUACAGUUUAAUAAAAUAAGCAAAUAGAGUUUCUUGUAAUUGAAUUUUUGCCCCAUUUGACAUUGUUACAUUCUUCUUUUCCAAAAGGGCAACAAAUCCAACACCCAAAAUCAGUUAAACCUACAGUGAGAUAGCUUUGCUCUUGGGUUCAUCCACCCACAUUGGGCCCCUUCUGAAAGCUGCUGGAAGCGGGUCCUGAUCACUGCGCAGCUGCAGCCCUGUGGCGUUGAUUACUGCAGCACCCUCCUUGAUAGGUAUGGUAAGGAAGGACUGGGCUUCCCAAAACAGCAUUGCCCUCUCCUGGCAAGAGCCGGACUUUCCCCAUGGAGCCAUUCUGGACUACGAGAUCAAGUACUAUGAGAAAGUCUACCCACGGAUAGCGCCGGCAUUUUGGCACUACCUGCGGGUAGAAGAGCAUGAGCAGCUCAGCUAUUCCUCCACAAGGUCCAAGGCUCCAAGUGUUAUCAUCACAGGUCUCAAGCCAGCCACCAAGUAUAUAUUUCAUAUCAGAGUCAGGACGGCAGCAGGAUACAGCGGCUAUAGCCAGAAGUUUGAAUUUGAAACUGGAGAUGAAACCCUUUUUAAGAUUGCCGUUCCAUUGCCUGCUCCUUUUCCCACAUCCCCUCUGAGACUGGAGACCAUCAGCUCACAGGAACUGCAGCACUUCUGGAAAGCUUCUGAUAUGGCUGCAGAGCAGGGACAGAUUCUCGUGAUUGCUACUGCUGCUGUUGGUGGAUUCACUCUCCUGGUCAUCCUCACUUUGUUCUUCCUGAUCACUGGGAGAUGCCAGUGGUACAUAAAGGCCAAAAUGAAAUCUGAAGAGAAAAGAAGGGCUCAUUUGCAAAAUGGAAAUUUACGUUUCCCAGGAAUCAAAACAUAUAUUGAUCCAGACACAUAUGAAGACCCAUCUCUUGCUGUCCAUGAAUUUGCAAAGGAGAUAGAUCCUUCAAGAAUUCGUAUUGAGAGAGUUAUUGGGGCAGGUGAAUUUGGGGAAGUGUGCAGUGGACGUCUGAAGACACCAGGAAAAAGAGAGAUACCUGUUGCAAUUAAAACUCUAAAAGGUGGUUAUAUGGACAGGCAAAGAAGAGAUUUCCUGAGAGAAGCUAGUAUAAUGGGUCAGUUUGAUCACCCAAAUAUAAUUCGUCUUGAAGGAGUUGUUACAAAAAGAUCCUUUCCGACCAUUGGGGUGAAGUCUCUUUCGAGAUUCCUGAGGGCGGGAUUUUUAAAUAGCAUCCUGACCUCACAUCCAGUCUCAGGGGGUGGAUCUUUACCCCCCAGCAUUUCCUCUGGCAGACCAGUAAUGAUUGUAGUUGAAUAUAUGGAGAAUGGAUCCCUUGACUCCUUUCUACGGAAACAUGACGGCCACUUCACAGUCAUCCAGCUGGUGGGCAUGCUGCGGGGAAUUGCAUCUGGCAUGAAGUACCUCUCAGACAUGGGCUACGUACACCGUGACCUGGCAGCCCGUAACAUUUUGGUCAACAGCAACCUCAUGUGUAAAGUCUCCGACUUUGGUUUGUCACGGGUGUUGGAGGAUGAUCCUGAAGCUGCUUACACAACAAGCGGUGGAAAAAUUCCCAUCCGGUGGACUGCUCCUGAAGCUAUAGCUUACCGCAAGUUCUCUUCAGCAAGCGAUGCAUGGAGCUAUGGGAUUGUAAUGUGGGAAGUGAUGUCCUAUGGUGAGAGACCAUACUGGGAGAUGUCUAACCAGGAUGUUAUACUGUCUAUUGAAGAAGGUUACAGGCUACCAGCUCCAAUGGGCUGCCCAGCUUCUCUUCACCAGCUCAUGCUUCACUGCUGGCAGAAGGAGCGGAACCACCGUCCAAAAUUUAGUGAUAUUGUCAGCUUCCUGGACAAACUGAUCCGCAAUCCAAGCACCCUUCAUACCCUAGUGGAGGACGUACUUGUAAUGCCAGAUUCACCUGGUGAAGUUCCAGAAUUUCCUUUGUUUGUUUCAGUUAGUGACUGGCUGGAUUCCAUAAAAAUGGGUCAAUAUAAGAGUAACUUCAUGGCAGCAGGUUUCACAACUCUGGAUAUGGUUUCAAGAAUGAGUAUUGAUGACAUUAGAAGAAUUGGAAUUGUACUCAUUGGACACCAGAGACGAAUAGUCAGCAGUUUACAGACUUUGCGGUUACACAUGAUGCACAUACAGGAGAAAGGAUUUCAUGUAUGAAAGUACUAGAAUCAACUGUGUUCUGUGCCUCAGCAUUUCUAAAAUGGAAAAUAUUCUCAUUCUUCCCUUCUGCUCUUCUCAACUUCAAGAACUGCAGUCUCCUGGUUAGACUCCAAAAGUACUUCUAUGUUAAUGCUUCCAAACUGGAAUUUUUAAUCACACUGCAUAGUUCCUCCGUCAGUUAUCUGCCGAUUAAAAUCCUGACCUACUGCAAGACUUGCUACACAUUGAUGAAUAAUAACUCAGCAACUCAGCAUGGGUGUGUAACUUUGUAUAGCAGUAUUUGGGAAACUUUCACAAACUUACUUGAAAGUAGUAAUCCAUUUGGCCUGGUGUGGCUUCUUUAUCGAUGUAUUUAGAGUUUGCUGGUAGAUCAAAACGUAUUUGACUUCUUUCAUGUUCUGUGACCAUGUAACUUCCAAUACCAAAUGUGCAAUCAAGAAGUUUCACAUAAAUAUUUAUUUUAUCUUCUAAUUAAAUCAAAAUGUAUGGGUCCUAUGGUUAUAUUACUUUAUAAUACUUUAAAUGCUGGUAAGCCGGUGCCUCAAAAUGUGAGCAUCGUUUGCAAAAAUGACCGACGAUUUUAUGUAGUGAGUUUUCAUUGUGUUGGAACUGGGAGGAUAGUGAGAGAAAUCUGGCUGAAAUCUUCAGGUCCUUGAUUCUGAAUUACUUUAGCACUCGACACUUUCUAUGCUUUAAAUUUUAGAUAAGGUCAGAAUAUUUAUUCAGCCUUAGAUAUUUUUCUUUUUUCUUUUUUUUAAUAGUCAGCAUUUGCCUCUACUCUGUGGCAAAUUGUCACCGGAAAACUGAUUGUAGUGUUCCAUAACUACAUGUAGAACAUGGUUGUCAGCUAUACUGUGGUCACAUAGACUUCAGAAAGUUUUCUGUUCCAAAAAUGUAGGCCUCCACAACUUGAACUAAGUGUCAUUUCCACCAGUGGUAGUAGAGUAGUGAUAGCUUAGAAGGACAACCAUCAGUGGGGUGCUGGAGCAGAUCGGCCAUAGCAUCAUCCAAUGGAAGGUAGCGGUACAGCCACAAACUAAUGCUGGAAGUUACACUAUGUGGUGUUCAGUUUUAUUAUACGUAGGCAGAAAAGGAGACAUAGGACAGCAGUGUAAUAAUAUGUUGCCUUGAGUCUACUUCUAACUGCUUUUAGAAGUGAAAAGCAGACUCUGCUGAAAUGGAGUUCUGGUUUCUGUGGGGGCCAGGUCUUCAUUUAGUACAAAUUCCUAAACAACAUCAAAGAUAAUUACUUUUAGAACUCUUCAAUAGCCAUAUUUACAUGCAAGAAAAAUGGCUGCAAAGGCCUAACAUAAUAUUCGUACCUCUGUAAGAUUUACAGCUUUCAUGUUUUAUUCAGACAACUUACACAGAUGUGCUGGGCUACGUUUCCAAACUUUUGCACGAGAUAUGCGCUGCUAGGAACUGGGACACGAGCGCGUGUCUGCAAGCUGGAGAAGUUGCACGCAGAUCUACAUGCAUGUCACAUGUAAACUGGGUGCAGAUGCUUUUGUUAAUUUAUACACAGUUUGGAGGACAUUCUUAAUUUACACGGCAGUUCAAUAUACUUAAACAUUACAAAUCUUCAGUUAAAUGGUGCGUUUGGGUAAUUACUAUAAAUAUAUAUGUAUAUCAAAAUGAAUUAACUACGUUAUGUAAUCAUAAUGAUAUUUAGUGCUUAAUUUACAGCUUGUAAAUCAAAUCGUAUUUCCUGACUCUCAAAAAGGCUACCGUUGUAUACUGGUGGCAAAGAUGGAAAAGCAACUCGGAAAAGAUUAGGCUUCAACUGGUUCACAGAGUAAGACAUGCCAGGCCUGAUUCACUGUUGUUACCUUAUGUUGGAAUAACUUCAUUAAUUUAAAUGGGAUUACCAGUAGUCAGCUGUGGAAAUGUUUUUCUUUCUUCUGUUAAAAAACAAAACAACAGAUUUAACUGAAGAAAGAGUUUUCUGAAGAUAAGGACUCACCGGUGUUCUAUGAUGUCAAGUUGAUAAGCAUGUUUAAAGAAGGGCAGUGCCAGUCUUAUUUUAGCUACAAAGAUAAUUUUACUACCAUGGGUAGUCCCACUGACCUCAGUUUGAUAAAUUCUGCCCCAGUUCCAAAUCUGAGUUUUUAAAGGCUUUUUUUUUGGAAGAGUUCCCUUAGAGAAAUAAAAUCAUACUUACCUGAAGCCUUUAAAAAAACAUCAUCACAGAGUAAUUUAAGUCUUGAUUUUCAUUUAUUAUUUCAUUUUCUAUUAUGCCAGUCAUUGCUUUUACAGACAUCAAUGUGACAUCUGUGAAAGGAGCCUCUCACAUUUAAAUUUAUUACUGAGGAGAUAUGAGUCUUUUAUUUGUUAAUGGAGUUUCAAAAUUGCUCAUAACUAGACCAGACUAUAAAUGUUCGCUUUUAAAUUCUCCUUUGCACAUUUAUUCAUUCUUGGUAGGUAGUGUGUACGCAAAGCAGUGUGUUACAUGCACGCAACCUGAAUAUAUUUCAUGGAAAUUAAUUUCCAGAUUUAUCAUACUACUGGAAAUAUAUUUUCAAAUAAUAUAUAAUUACAAUAUAAAAACAUUUAUUAAUCAGAUCUAUUUUUUAUAUGAAUAAGAAUUUGGGUAACCAGAAAGAAAAGAAGAAGGGAUUUAAGUGAGAAUAUUAUUAAAAACAUUGUAAAUCCAGGAUUUUUUGGGGGUUUAUAUGGUUUGCGUUUUUUGUUUUGCUGGUGCAAUAUGACACUUCUAUAAUAGUUGUUCUGAUCACAUUUACAUUUACUCCAUUUUGGAAACAUUUGAUUUCCUCUUGUUAUGUUUCUAACCCUACUCCUCCAUUUUAUUCAGCACAAAGGAAAGUGCUACUAUUAUGGCUGUUUAUCUUUUUGUUCAUUUAAAAACGAGAACAAACAAACAUGGUGUUUUUCAAAUGUGAGCUUGAUUCUGUGCAAGCCACAAGUAUACAUGUGAAAUUCAAGUAACUUUCUUUAUUGCAGGGAAUACUUUCUUCGGGUGAAAAUUACUUCAUUUAGUUAACCUGCAUAACAUAGUGUGCAGUUACUGAUUAAAUUUAACAAAUUCAAGUAAAUCUAGAAAGCUGUUUUUGAAAAUCUCGCCAACAUUGCAUGGUGUUUCAUGCCUAAAACUACUGACUGAAAGUUCAUGAAAUAAAGACUGCAUGAUAUGCAAGCCCCCUAAAAAUUGAUUAAAAUGUGGACAUAAGGAAAUAGUUCCAAGCUUGUUAUUUACAAGUGAUAUCCACGUGCAGGCUUUUCUAACAAACCUGGUAGUCAUGCAUCUAGAACAAAUCCAUCUGUACUGUUAUCACUACCUGUGUACAAGUUAAGUCUUCAGAAGAUAGCUUUAGUGAGGGCCUUUGUCUGCUGGGCAGGAAAACUGGGUUAGCAUCUCUUGGUCAACAAGGGUCCUACCCUAUUGUCCAUCAUGUGCCAACCACAGUGCUUCCCAAGUUGACUGACAAACAGCUUAGAUGUUUGUGCAACCAAAUAGGGCAGUCAUCAGUCUAACAUGGAAACUCAAGCCAUCCCCACCUGAUGGAAACUCAGAGCCCUGAGAGCUAUGAGGGGGAAAUUUUUCUCACCUAACUUUGGAGGUGUGCACUUGAGCUAGUCAUCUGAGGUUCCAUUUUAAUCAAUGAGGAGAACAGGGCCCUCGUAGUAUUCACAUAGUGAUGAAUGUCAUCUGACAGAUGUAAUCAUUAACUUUUGGUUGAGAGGAAAUGUGCCAGACCAGCGCUUGAGACAAAAUGACUAACUCAAAUUAUAGAAGCAUAGAAUCAUAGGAUCACAGAAUGGCUUGUGUUGGAAGGGACCUUAAGGUUCGUAAAACUCCAACCCCCUUGCCACAGGCAGGGCCACCAACCUCCAUAUCUAAUACUGGAUCCAGGCAUCUGUUCUUAAUCCUGUGCACUGAUUGUAUCUAGUCAUUGUGCUGAACCUCUGAAAAAGAGAGGAUCCCAUGUGUAAUGCUGGUGUUGAAAUUAAAUGAGUAACAGCAUAAUGUCUGUUCAACAAAAGCUUAGGUGCACGCUAUGCUUUAAUACAUUAGCAUCAGGCUAUCCUACAAUUGCAAAUAGUACACUCAGCAAGUAAUUCAAGUAACUUAAUUGCUCUGGACAAAGCAUUCUGUGUCAGAAGAUGGUUUAUUCUGACACAGGAUUCAGACUGUAUCGCUUUGAAUUUUUGAAAUUUAAGACUCGCUAUCCAUUUUCCAUUUUUAUAGAUACGCUGAGCCUAAUCCAGAGCUCCAUUAAGUUAUUUUUCAAUGCAGAUUCGUAGAGGGUCCAAACAUGGGUCAUAAGUAACAUGCAGAUGCCCUUUAUUCAGAUGUGGUAGAGAUUAUGUGAAACAGCUGAGACUGCGAAGGCGCCUAUAAGAGGGUAUUUACCACAGCAAUUUGCAUGUUAGAGUGACCCUAUGGGACUAUGUCAGCCACCAAAAUAAGGCAGCAUGUAAUGUAGUUUAACAUGCAGUGAAGGCCAGUUACUGCACUUCAGGUAAUGGCAUUGCAAACGGAAGCAUGUUUUCAGUUAUUGUAACUCAGCUGAUUGUAUGGUUCUGCAAGACUCAUCCUGGCAGCUGAGAAUUUCUCUUGUGAACACACAAUACCUGUAACUACCCCUUCACAGGCUCAUUCUAUCUUGGCAUAUGUACUGCACAGAUUGGGAAGGAGGGCUCACUUCUAAUCUAGUCUAAUACAUCUUUUGUAGUAAUGAAAGAAUAUUAAUAAAAAGGCUUUGGUCUAUUGUAUCUUCUAGGAAAAGUAUUAAAAAUUGAGAUACUUAAUUUAUCAUGGCAUUUGUGCAUAGUUGAAGAGUAGUGUAUUCUGUUAAACAGAUUUCUUUUGGAAUGCCCUUGCUCCCUAACUGUAAUUGAUCUUUCCUGAGUAAAUUGCAAAGAUAAUAUUUUUUUCCUUUAUUAACAUUUUUUUUUCUUUAAGUAUUUUUUUUUCUUAAAGAGUAAGAGAGAGAUCUGUUAGGUUGGGCUAACACCAAGUACUACAGUCAUCUUGAAAUCUCUCAGAGAGACAAAUGAAUCAGUACUGAAAAAGGAAAAAAAAAUCUAAAAAGAUUAGAAUAAGGUGAAAGAAAAAAGCUAUCCAUAUUGUGCCAAAGAGUUCUAACAAAAACAAAAGAAACGGCACAAAAACAGUUCCAUGUAUUUAGAGUCCACAAAUAUCUUCUACCAUCAUAUACUGUGCACUGCUCAUUUGUGAAUGCUAUGGUUGUAUAUAGAUCCUCAGAUUAUGGAGUAGGAGAUACUGAGUACAUAACGGAUAUAAAAAAUAUGUGGAUGUGUAUAUAAAGAAUUGUAAAUAUGAUGUAUAUCAUAAUGCCUGAGAUUUUUCAAGCGUACAUAAAUGAAUUACCUGGCUCUCAAUAAUGGUAAUAGGGUUGAUCUUCUCCACUGGCACUUAAAAUCUUAAGCUUCCCAAGCUUCCUUGGUUUGUUGUCUGGAAAUGGAUGACAGCCUCUCUCUUCCUCCCUUCACAGGCAGAAAAAAAAAAGAAAAAGAAAAAGAAAAAAAAGCUUUUUUAGUUCAAUAUAGUCCAUGCUAUAAAAAGUUUGAGUACCUCUGCUGAAGUCACCAAAGAUGAUCAGUAUAUAGAUGAUUUAUUUUAAAUAAUCAUUUAUAGACUCUGUCGAGGUUAAAAUGGGGGAAAAAUUCAAGGGAAUGCGAGUAACGAUUUGCCAGUGCGUACUAUAAAAAGAUAUGUUGAAUUUUAGAAAGGAAAAACAACAAAAGACAAAUGUAAGAGCAGAAGAGUAAAAAAUGAGUAGGUUAAAAUGAAUUUCCAUAUUUUAUAUGUGAAAUAACACCAGUUCACAUCGUGAAAUCUAUUUAUGUGCAUGUUUCUUUGAAAAUUCUACAUCACUAUUUCUUACUUUCCUUUCACACAGGAGAUUUCACAAGUACAUCUCUCUUCCACAAAGGGUUAACAUAUUAUCUGUUUUUUCAUGCCUGUCUAAUCAAACUGAAACUAAUAAGGCUAAGUUAUGGCAAUGAAGAUGUGGAAAAGUAUAUUAAUAAGAUCAAUCUCAAAAGCAUUUCAAGUUUUCACCUGUUCUGCUUUGUUCAUGUUCCAAAUUUUCAACUGUGUCUAAGUGUCCGAGUACUUGACUAGUUGGUAACUAUACAUGUGUUCCAGAAAUAACGUAUGUACUGUACCAUGUUCAGAAACACCUGAAUAUGUAAAGAGGUCAGUGCUUGUGUGGCUUCAUUUAGAUAAAGAGGCUGACUAGAAACUGAACUAUUUACAUGAGUAGAGUUAGGCAUAAAAUGCUUGCAAAUCCCAGCUCUUAUUGUAUAUUUGUAAGGCAGAAUGAGAUAACAUAAUUUUGUCCUUUUCAAAUUCAAUUCUAUGUAUGGUUCCCUUGAGAGUCCACCAUAUUCAUUAUUAUGAGAAAACCUCCUGUUUCAUUUUGGGGAAUAUUCUUCUCUAACAUGCAAGCUGAUUACAACUUAAUAAAUACUAAUACUUCUUUUUAUUGACAACUCAGUGAAGAGCUGCUAAGCAGCACAUAGAUAAGGCAAAACCCUGAGAACUCAAAAUCUCAAAGAAAUCUACCUGUCUGUAUUGUGAACUCCGUGAUGGCUGGAGCCCUGUUUGGAGAGUAACCUUACCACUAGGAUCUGGAAGAUCGAAUCUGGGGAACAUCUGCAUUAGAAUCCAAUUAUUUCUGAUUGUGAAAAAUUGCCCAUUGAAUCAGUAAGGGGAGUAUUUUCAUAGUAUCAGCACAGCGUAAUGCUCUGAGUGUCCCCUAGAGCAGCGGCAGAAAAGAAAUCUAUUUGCUGGUUUUCUGGGGUCCAGCCUAUGAUAAAGAAAAAAGGUACAGUUGUCAUAAUUUAGUUUAGAACUUCCAGUAGACACAGUUUUAUUUCCUAAACAUAUAACUGAAGGACUAACUUCUCUUCUUGAUGCAUAUUGGCUUUUUUGAGAGGAACCUAAGCAAACAGUAAACAGGAGAGCUGUGUAGAUAAGAGUGGAUUACACACCAAAUGAUCAAUUUCGUCCAGACUGAGUUCCACGUGACAAUGAGAAGCAAAAAAGGAAAAGCAAAGCAAGAAUGUCUCUUAUCAAGCUGAAUGUUUUGAUUCAUACAGCUUACAUCACCAUCUCAUUAAGCGCUACAUAAGAUUAGAUGAAAAAGACAAAAAUUGCAGCCAGUGUUUCAAAUCCAUAGAUUCUUUUAGUUACUAAAUGCCAACUUCACAAUUACUUUUUUGCCUUGGGAAGGUUCUCCUCUAAAUUACCUACUAUUUUCACAUUCUAUUGAAGGAUUUUAAUAACUUUUUUAAUUAAUUCCAGCAACAAUUACGUAAUUGUGUGAGGAAUUAGUUUCGUUGUCAAUAGGCAAUGUUUUGUUGUGGCUUAAGAGUUUGAUACUGACUUCGGUGUCAGUAGGAUGAAGCCCUAUCUUAUAGAGACAGUUGUAGCAUUCAGCUUUCCUAAUAAAUUCUCCCUUUCUUCAUUUUACUACUGUCACGGUUGAUUUGCUGUUGGAGAACCAACAUUUAUUGGUACGCAUGCUCUCUUGUCAUUCAAACGUAUUGCUAAAACGUUAUGCAAGUUUUCAUUUCUUUAUUGAGGGUUCCAGGCUGAGAUUAGCUUGAUCAUUUGAGGCAUGAUCCAAAAUCACUUAAAUCCCUAAGCAGCUAUCAAUGGACUGAAACAAGGUUUGGGAUCAAGGGUUUCCAAAGAUUUGUAUGGAAUGAAUGGCCUGCUUUAAUAAGGGAAAAGAGAGUGCACUGAUCAUACAAUGCUGCUACCUCAGGAAUGUGUGAAAAGAGAUUAUGGUUACCUUCAGUGUGGCACAAGCAAGGUACAAAACACAGUUGUUGAACUGUUUUUUUAUCUGCAGUGGGUUACCAUCACUGAGUUUGGACUAAAUAAAACAAACCUAAUCUAACAGAAUUUCUACAGUAUGCAAUAGAAAUGGUUUUCUUUCUUAGAUAUUUUCCCAAAGUCCUGGAUUUAAAUGCAAGAUAAAACCACCUUCCCCAUCAACAAAGAAUACGACCUUUAUCUGUAGGAUUUGUCUCUCUUCUUUAACACGUAGCAUUAUACAAUAUGAUAUCCCCUUCAUAAUGGCAGUUAUUGCAAUUUUCCACUUUGAACAAACUCUGUUUCACACUCCUAGUACAAUGCAGCUUAAGGUCUGAGAUUUGCCAGUUAAUUAAUGGCACAGCAGCAAAUAAAAUAAAUAAUGCCCUCCUAGUCAUACUAUUUACUGGACUCUUUCAUUAAUUCUAUAUUUCAAGAAAACCACGCUACUCUAAAAUACCCAACACAUAAACACAAACAUUUUAAAACUUAUGGCCAUGAUUCUGUGUCAGCCUCUCCCCAGUAAAUAGUUGGGUUUGAAUUGGUCAUAUAUAUUUUUAAUGUCAUUUCUUCUGCAGCAAUUUCUUCUGAGUUUUCUCCAUGAGGAAGAAAGCUAUUUCAGAUAGGAGUGGGAAAAGUUGUUUCUUGGUUAACCAGUGAAGGAAUUGGGCUCAAUCAGUAUUUCAGCAUACGUUAUUCUUACCUAGAGCCACGGUUCCAAUGUCAAAAUUCCCUUAUGUUAUCAGUUACAUCAUACAUGGUGCUGCUGUGAUUGAAAACCCAAAGACUAACAAAAGAGGCUUGCUCUUGUUUGGUGCAGUACAACUCCUAUAGACUUCAGUAACAACAGCAGAUACUCUACAAUCCUCAGGAUUGCUUCUGCAGUUUAACAAGGGAAAAAAAAGGCUUAAAAAGAUCACAUGAAACCAUAUCUACUGAAAGGCAUUUGUUUACUUUCUAGCAAAUCAAACUUCACUGAUCAAGUUGGUGUCAAUUGUUUUCGCUUUCUCAUCUUCUUUUUUAAUUAUUAUUUCAUUUGCAGAAAAAAAAUAAUGUUUGUUUACCUUCCAAAAAUUAGCUUUCAUUUUUUCUCUUGGGACACAAUGGGGUCAGUACGUUUCCUCAGGAUAGCUUCUAUUUCUCUGUGUUGGUUUUAAACGUAUAUCAAUUAAAGUUUUGAUCUCUUAUCUCUUCUGUGAAAUUAGACUGUACACAAUUGAAUAUGACUGCUCUUCAUAGUCUGCUGUUCUAGCAUAGCCAUAAAAUGUAUCAAUGUAUGUGUAUAUAUGAAUAACUAUUUGAUGACAGACAUGUUGUAUAUUUAAGCAGCCAUGUCAAAACUUUAAAGGUAGAUGGCUUCAAAAGUAACAGCAUAAUCAUACUUGCAAACCAUUUUACAGAUAAACCAUGGCCUCAGCCCAGAUCUCUUAUCCUUAUCAGUACUCUGGCAACCACUCUUUCUUUUAAGACCCCGGAACACAGUUGUUUUUCAGCUGCUUUUUUUCUUCUCGCCAAGAUAUAUUUGCAUAAUGAUGACUACCUGUAACUCAAUCUUCACCAUCCAUCUCACAGCAAAGCAACCUUGGCACUGUGCCUCUGAGUUGUAUCUUCAUCGGUCUGAACCUGUGUCGCAUUGCGCACAGCAGGCGAGGUCUGCUAAUUCUGAGAGACUGAACAUUCCAUAGCUGGUACUGUGACUGUGCCCCACUGUUCAGAACAACCUUUUUUCAUGCAGUUUAUCUCCCACGUGUGCUCCGAGCACAUUUUUUCUUUCUGUCUUUUAGCCGGUUUAUAACAGUACUGCAGGAAUAGCCAUGAAAUAAAAACCUGAAUAUACUGAUUUUCCAGACCCAAGGGGAAUUUACAUUAGAAGUGAAGUUAUUAUUUUCUGAAAAGUGGCGUUAUCAUUUCUUUUAAUUCUAUUCCUAUGAUAAUACGAUGUUCCAUGUAAAUUCUCAUGUGCUGGCAUGCCUACGAGUGAAUAGUGUAAUAGAAUGCUCAGCUCUCAACAUUAGAGUGUUUUUAAGGUGAAUCGCAUUACAUAUGCCAUCUCUUUGCAGAAAGAAUAUGGGGUUUGGCAAAGCUACCUGCUGAGCAACAUAAUAAGAUUUUUGUACAAAGUACAAGUUACUGAUUAUUAUUGUAUUUUAUUUUUCUAUGAUUUCCUAAGAGGCAUUAUCAGGUCUUACGGAUGGGGUAAGCCUGUUUAUUAAGAUAUUUAUUAGCAAAUAAAAGUUACGGUACUGGUGGUUAUUUUUGAGUUAA